AUGACGUACGUCUAUCACUUCUAUAUAAGUUGGUGUCUACUUGUUCGACCUAAUCGCAGAGGCGAGAUGAGUGUAGCCGUUACGUACAUGAGUUCCAGCGGUGACCUGAAUACCAGAAGGCAAGAGCGCCGGAUUAACAUUCUCAGUGCUUCAAAUCGCAGCUCCAAAUCACGACCAGGUCUAUCAUCUGCAGAUCUACUUCAUGCAUCUGUAGAUGGAAGUGCAAAAAUGGCUGAGAUUAUUGGAAGUCAAUACAACAUCGUACAGGAUAUGUUUGCUAUAUUUGGCAAACAUUACAUAGUGAACUUUUUUUAUCUAUAUGAUUUUUCUCGGAUAUCAGACACUGAUUCUUGGAUUAGUCAGAUUCAAGUUUGGGUUCUCUUGAAAUGCGUUAAAUUAUUCUUCUCGGAAGCAUAGAUGAUGGUAUAAGUUGAUGAAAGAUUAUAUGGUGGUUGCGACACUCAUAGUCUUUGUAGCAUUUUAAGUGGAUCAAAGAUUCUAUGGUACAUUCCAGGUGGAUACAAUCAAAACAAUGAGAUUUACAUGCUCAUCCGUGAGGGUAUCUUUCCUAGCAAUGGGUAUUGCAGACGUGAUCUCUUAAUGCUAUUCAUCAACUUUAUUCUUGGAGAAGUUUUCAUCACCAUAUGUCAAAAUAGUUAAGACUAUGGUGACUAAGAACGUCUAUUCACGAUAUUCGAAGAAUGAUGUCACUCUAUAUGUUAGCUUUUUUCAAAACAUGACAUGGUGAGGUAUCUCUACGAUAUAUCUUAUAGUUUUGAAUAGAUGAAUUUUGUAUUUGACCAAAUCAAAUAUAUUGGUUCUCUUGAAAUGCGUUGAAAUUGACUUUGUUUGUAAGAUUGUAAGUGUUUGUAAGAAUAUAAAACCAAGAUUGUUACAAUUCCUUUUUUUAGUGAUAGUG